UCUGCACGACGCCUUCGAUUCGAAUCCAAAAACACAGAGGUUCAAAGCGUCGAUCAAGGGCUUUUUCUACUCGAGAUCCUUGCUCGAAUUUACAAACUUCACUUGAAUUCUCAGUUCAAUCCACACUGCAAGUGAAAAAAAAGAAAAGGAAAAUCCUAAAUCAUUUUUUUUUGGCGAAACCGAAUCAAUUUUUCAGAUCACAAAUCGAUCCAUUUUCAUCUCAAAAAAGAAAAAAACCUAGUCAAUGGAGUCCAUUGGAGUUCGAUGUGAUUGUCACGCUCAUCAGUCACUUCUCUCUAUUGUCUCCAAGUAUUUUUGAUAGUUUUUUUUUUCUUUUCUUUUCUUUUCUUUUGGAUUUCUAUUGUGAAGAAAAGGAAAGAUGAAUGUGGCAAAGUCUCAGGUGUGGCAGCCUUGCAAGAGGAAGAGAUCUUGAUUUCUAGAGAGAAAUCAAAAUCAAUGGAUAGAGAGAUCUUGAGGUUAGACAGAGAAAGAGAAGAAAAAAAAGUCUGACUGAUACAGACACACAAAUCAAUAUAUACAUAGUGUGACAUGGCUUCAAUUGGCGGCGGCGGCGGCGACGGAGAGAGAGUGAGGACGAGGGUGGGGAGGUACGAGCUAGGGCGGACACUGGGGGAGGGAGCGUUUGCGAAGGUGAAAUUUGGAAGGAAUUUAGAAACUGAUGAGAAUGUGGCUAUAAAGAUUCUCAACAAAGAGAAAAUUCUCAAACAUGAUAUGAUUGGUCAGAUUAAACGUGAAAUUUUAACCAUGAAACUAAUCAGACACCCAAACGUUAUCCGUAUGUAUGAGGUUAUGGCAAGCAAGACAAAAAUAUUCAUUGUUUUGGAAUUUGUGACUGGUGGCGAACUUUUCGACAAAAUUUCUAGUAAAGGGAGGUUGAAAGAAGAUGAAGCAAGGAAGUAUUUUCAGCAGCUCAUAAAUGCGGUGAAUUACUGCCACAGCAGAGGUGUCUUUCAUAGGGAUCUGAAGCCGGAGAACCUGCUGCUGGAUGCAAAUGGAAUCCUUAAAGUUUCAGAUUUUGGAUUAAGCGCUCUACCUCAGCAAGUUCGAGAAGAUGGGUUACUGCACACGACCUGUGGAACACCAAAUUAUGUUGCUCCUGAAGUGAUUAAGAAUAAAGGCUACGAUGGAGCUAAAGCAGAUCUAUGGUCGUGCGGUGUAAUACUUUUUGUACUAUUGGCAGGCUUUCUGCCAUUUGAAGAGUCCAACCUCAUGGAAUUAUACAAAAAGAUAUUCAAGGCAGAAUUUUUAUGUCCACCAUGGUUCUCCUCGGGCUCAAGGAAACUAAUCAAAAGAAUUCUGGAUCCUAAUACUGAGACACGCAUUACGAUUGCCGAGAUCAUUGAGAAUGAAUGGUUUCAAAAGGGGUAUAGGCCACCCACUUUUGAACAAGAAGAUGUUAGCCUUGAUGACGUUGAUGCUAUAUUUGAUGAAUCAGGGGACUCCAAAAACCUUGUUGUGGUGAGGCGGGAAGAACAGUCUGCAACGCCUGUCACCAUGAAUGCUUUUGAGUUUAUCUCUAGGGCUCAGGGACUCAACCUUAGUUCUCUAUUUGAAAAGCAUAUGGGGGUUGUUAAACGGGAAACAAGAUUUACAUCCAAAUGUCCUGCCAAUGAGAUUAUCUCGAAAUUUGAGGAAGCUGCUGCAUCUCUCGGUUUUGAUGUAAGGAAAAAGAACUGCAAGCUAAAGCUUCAAGCAAAGAAAAUUGGGUACAAGGGUCAUUUAUCCAUUGCAACAGAGGUUCUCGAGGUGGCUCCGUCACUUUACAUGGUUGAACUUCGCAAGACUGCAGGGGAUACCUUAGAAUUUCACAAGUUUUACAAGAGCCUUUCGACUGGUUUGAAAGACAUUGUGUGGAAAACAUGUGAUGAAACAGAAGGGGAAGUAAAUGAAGGUGUUGGUGUUGCGUCGUCUUCUUGAUUACUGGCUUCCUUCAAAGAUCUAUGUUGGUGGAAAUUUCAACAUAAUUUCAAUCGCCAGAUAUUCGAAUUCAGGUGAUUAGGCUUUGCUUUACUUUAUUUUUGUAUGCAAUAUGCUUUCCCUUUGUUAAACACGAUGUUUAUCGGUAAAA